AUGACUUAACAUUUAUGCAAAACUCCAUAAGUUAAUAUUAUAGGCAAAAUAAAAGGAGCAUACAAUUUUGAGUAUUAAACUGCAUAUGUUAAAUACAGUUUCAAAGUUGGAGAAAAUUGGACAUUAGUUUCUGGAAUACAUGAAGGAGAUACAUUUUAAUCAACAUCAUCUCAUAAUAAAUAUAUUCCAUUAGAUCAUCCUUUUGAUUUAAACUAUGCAAGCAAAUCAUUAAGAGGAUGGCCUAAACUAUUUAUAGAAGUAUGGUUAAUUGAUAGUUAUGGAAGAAAUAGUUUAGGAGGAUACGGAAUUAUAGGUUUACCUAUGGCUUCUGGAUUUUAUAAAUUAGAUAUUCCAUGUUGGCGUCCAAAAUCGACUUUUUCUGAUUAUAUUAUAGGCGCACAUCCAGAACUUAUACAUAGAGAUAUACUUAUUGCGAGUGACUCUAGGUUCAAUUUUAAAACAGAAAGUACAGGAAAUAUAUAAGUGGAAAUAGAUAUUUUAAAUAAAGAUUUUGGAUUACAUGGAGUUUAAUUAUAAGAUAAAGAAAUUGAUGAUAUGGAAUGA